UACAUCAAUUAAAUCAACCUCAAUUGCCUGAAUCGCCUUACACGAAAUAUCAACAAGAAAUGAUGCGUUCAUCUCAUGCCGCGUAUUUCAAAUGGACAGCAUUAAGUUCCGCAGCAGCAACGACCUCUGCUGUUCACAUGCCACAUCAUCACCAUCAUCCAACGGCAGCCGCUGCUGUUGCUUCAACAGCGUACACAAACUGUUGGAAUUACUCCAAUCCAUACGAUUAUACAGCUAAUUUUCCCACACCAAAUCCAUAUCUUCCUCCUUCGUAUUGGGUUAGUCCACCAGCAAGCACAACAUCGACGGGUACCGGAGGAGCAAGCACAGCAUCGACAACUCUUUCACCUUCAUUACCUUAUUGA